GACUGCGUCAGGAUGAGAAAAAAAGAAAGAGAGAGAGAGAAAACAAAAGACAAACACAGUAACAACUAGAAGAGUGCUGGAACACAGGGAAAGAGAACCACAAUAAAUUAAUGAAAACAAGCACUCUAAGGACAUAAGGAGGAUUGUCAUCAUUGACUGCUAACUAAUAUUCUGUACGUGACAAUAUGAACAUUUUCGAAGCUGCAGUAUUUCUCUGUGGACUCCAAGCAUUCUUGUCAGGAGUAGUUACAGCUCAAGAAACCCAUAUAGGACCUACAGAUGUUUUACCAGCUACAGCAGAGGACCAGCUCUCUCCAGACUGCCGUGAGGAGCAGUAUCCCUGCACCAGAAUGUACUCUGUUCACUACCCCUUGAAACAAUGCAUUCACACAUUGUGCUUUUACAGUCUUCGGCGCAUGUAUGUAGUGAACAAAGAAAUCUGUUCUCGGGUUGUUUGUCUUCAGGAUGAUUUCCUCAAAGCUGAAUUGUGUCGUGAGAAGGCAGGCUGGCCACGAAGGAUGCAGAGGUCAGCUAAAUAAAACUGACUCCUGAAGCCAUGGUGGAUGUUCUUGAAGCCAGACUGGAGGCAAAUUGGUCAUCACUGAUAAAUUGCUGUCAAUAUAUCUUACAAAAUUAUACAGUUUUGUGUCUUUGAUCUGCCUAGAAUCAUUAACACAGUAUCUUUCUUGCUUUGCUACAACAAAAAUGGUUUAUAUUUGAGAGCCUGCAGACUAAUAUUUCCUGAAGUAUUAACUGUUGACUUUUGGCGUGGUUUAAUGCUAAAAAGUAUAUAAUAUAUUCAGUAGAUGGUCAUUUAUGAAGAUCCCAAUAGAAAGAAAAUGAGACCACUGAAUCUUUUGACUGGCAGAGGUUUGGAGAUGCUAUGCUGAAUUUGUGAUAUAAAAAACAGGUCAAGUAUGUCUGAUGGGUUGUAAAAUGUGUAAAGUGACAAAACUAACCCCAAAUCCAGAAACAAGCAGAGUCAAAACCUUAGAUUGUUAUUUGAUUCUAUAAUGAUGUAAAAUUAUACUUAUUCCAGUAAGUUAGAAAUUGACAUGGGUGUCAUGGGUGAGCUGGUUCAAUAUGUGGAGCAUUUUAACAUUUCAAAUACACCUGGAAUUAAUAAAAUGUGUAAAAAUCAUAUUGCAAUUUAGAAAUGUCCAUGUGAUAUAAACCAAAAGCCAAACCU